CCGAUUCAAAACAAACAGAAAACCCCCUUCUUCCAAAAUCUCACACCCCGAUUCAGUGGAGAGUGAAAUUCGAGCAUCAAUUAUGGAGAAGAUCUGUGUUGAAGUUAGGAUAAGACCACAAGCUUCAGAAGAAACCUUUAAUGGAACCUACUGGAAGGUGGAGGGCAAUCGCAUCUCUCUCCACAGGCCUCACAGCACUCCAAUCUCUGCCAUCUCUCUUAUGCUUUUGGUACUCGAACCCAUUAACUUCCGCUUCAUUUUCUUCAAUUUUGAGGAUUUCUGCUCUCAAUUCGUUCUUAUUGCACUAUUAUGGUUGUUAUUUAUUUUUGCAGAUCACGUGUUCGAUGAGAGGUCUACGAAUUCAAGCGUUUGCGAGCUGCUGACCAAGAACUGCAUUUGCUUAUGGACAGACCAGCAGUGGAAGAACUUACACAAUGAAUGGCUCGGAAUCUGAUCUUGGAGUCCUUCAUCGUGCAGUCAAAGAUAUAUUUUCGAAAAUAGAGAAGGUAAUGACCUGUUUUGACAUCUAAAUUUUGGACUAAUUUAUUUUCAAUGCACAAUAUUUCCGGACGCUGACCGAGAGUUUCUGAUUCGAGUUUCAUACAUGGAAAUUUAUAAUGAAGAAAUAAAUGAUCUUUUCUCUAUGGAGAAUAAGAAGUUGCCCAUACAUGAGAGUCUGGAGGUUGGGCGAUUGCAUAACUAUGGCAUUCUUUUGAUAGCUUCCUUCCUAUAUGUAGAAUGAGUGUUUCUGGCCUCAGGGAGGAAAUUGUUAAUGAUGCUGAAGAAGUACUCAAGCUUAUUGAAGCAGAAAUGAAUGGCCAUAUAAGUAAAUACCAGUAAU